CCGUACCUUGAUAAGUGUCCUAAAUAAAAAUGUACUGCUCUCACAUUGCUAUUGGAUGAUGGUUCAAAUGGAUCGCAUAAUGCUCUUAAAAUCCUGCUACAAGUCAGGCUCUCUAGUUUCCAGUGAUCUGAUGCAGACUGAGGGUGUUCAAUAUCUUGUAGUCAUGUGCCUAUUGGGGUGUUAAUAAUAAAGUAGACACAAGAAGCUGAUGCAGUUCUCCAUCUCACAGAUUAGAGAAMAUAACACCUAGAUUAUCAAUGAGCAGUUGGUCAUGUUGUCAUGGUUACAGUGUGAGAUGUGAUAGUCAUUCCCAGUGUUGUUUUUUUCACAAUGCAUUAAGUAAGGAAUGCAGCUUUUACAAUGUUUGAUACUUUUUUCUCUCAUAGAUUUUAGUGUUAAUAUGGCAAAAUAAGCAUGGGAGACUGGAAUUUCCUUGGAGGCAUUUUAGAGGAGGUCCACAUUCAUUCCACUAUUAUUGGAAAGAUAUGGCUAACGAUCCUCUUCAUAUUUCGAAUGCUUGUCCUUGGAGUGGCAACGGAGGAUGUUUGGAAUGAUGAACAAUCAGAAUUUAUAUGCAAUACCGAGCAGCCUGGUUGCAGAAAUGUGUGCUAUGAUGAGGCCUUUCCCAUCUCUCUCAUAAGAUACUGGGUCUUGCAAGUUAUAUUUGUAUCUUCCCCUUCCUUGGUAUAUAUGGGUCAUGCCUUAUACAGACUAAGAGCAUUGGAAAAAGARAGGCAAAAAAAGAAAGCUCAGGUAAGGGUGGAACUUGAAAGCACUGAAYUAGAAAUGACAGAAAACCGUAAAAGACUGGAGAGAGAACUCCGGCAAUUGGAUCAGAAGAAGCUAAACAAAGCACCGCURAGAGGUUCUUUGCUCUGCACUUAUGUGAUACAUAUUUUCACAAGAUCUGCAGUGGAAGUUGGCUUUAUGAUUGGGCAGUAUCUUCUUUAUGGCUUUCACUUAGAUCCCCUAUAUAAAUGUCAGAGAGACCCAUGUCCAAACACAGUUGACUGCUUUGUAUCUAGACCAACAGAAAAGACAGUGUUUAUAUUAUUUAUGCAAUCAAUAGCAACUGUAUCAUUGCUUUUAAAUAUUCUAGAAAUUAUCCAYUUAGGAUUCCGAAAAAUUAAAAUGGGACUCUGUGAGCAGAAUAAAAACAAGGAUUACUCUGACAGUUUCUACACAAACAAAUCUAAGAAAUACUCUGUGAUACAUCACUCUUCUUUYGGAAUAUCCACCACCCCUCAGAAAACUCUUCCUUGUGCACUUAGCAGUUAUACCUUUCUGAUGGAAAAGCAAACUGACACUAUGCUCUACCCAGUUUUAAAYUCUCCUUCUGUGUUUCAGUCUGCACCAAAUAACUGUACAGAAAACAGCAGCAAUUACACCCAUUGCAAUCAGGAAAAUAAAUCACCAAAGAGGCCAGCUACAAAUGCUUUAGACAAUCAGACUCAAAAUAGUAGCACAAAUAACAAUGAAGAAUUUCUUGGUGACCUUUGGACUGAAGAGCAUGAGGCACAGAAAGAAGCUGAAAAGAAACAUUUUCUUGUUGUUACUCAGAAUGCAGACACAACUUCAAACAUGUGCUUGACAAGCUUUGCUGAGAUGCCAUCUCAAACUUCAUUGCAACCUGAUACAACUUUUCCUAGCACCAGUUUUAGACAACAGGCAAUGGUUGAGAGCACAGGAGCAUCAACAAAUUCUCUUCCAAAGAACACUGACAGAAGACAAAGCAGUUUCAGUGUAAACAAAGCCCAAAUUCCUUGUAAUGCUGAUGUAAAAAAUUCCAGCCAACCAGACACUCCUGACUCUACAGGGCAGGAGAGCUCACAAUCAACACAAAGUAGAAACUGGAACAGUCCCAAGCUUUUCUCUCUGUCAAGGCAACAGUCACAGUCAAGUAAUGCCAGCAGUAGGCGUGCUCCCACUGAUCUUCAAAUAUAGCAUGAGUUAACCCAUCAGCUGCAGUAACCAAUGCUGGGAUAAUUCCUGAGCAGAGACAUAACCCAGACCGAUGUGUAAGUGUAGCUAAACCAUUCAACUUUAACCAGCUGUUUACACAGAUAGAAAAGUUGUGUAACCCAUCGAAUAGUAGCUCAGUAAUUUUAAACAGUCCUUUGCUUCCUUUGUAAUGAAAAAGUGGCAUAGACCUCAGUGUAUAAACUUCUACACUCCAGCUGAAAAGAAAAGCAUACAUCCUAUCAGUCCACAUUUU